AUGAGGAUUCCCAUUGCUGUGCAGCUUGGGCUGCUGGUGUUGCUGACUGCGGUCUCGGGGGUCGCGGUUCUAGCUAUCGCAACGUGGUUUACCACCUAUAAUUUUGUUGUGGAUGUCGAAUCGAAGGGCCUCGAACUCGUUGCGACCACCAAGGCCAGUCAAAUUGCUUCAAAUUUGGAUCUUCUAGAAACAACCUGCAAAACCAUCGCCACACGAAUCCUGAUCCAAUCAGCGUUGAAACGUUACUAUGCGGGGAACACAUCCGACGAGAACUGGACUAAUUCCAUAGCGGAUGUUCAAUCGGCCCUUGGUAGCCGAGGUUAUUUGGACCUUUACCAGGCCAUCAUCUAUUCAAAGAACGGCCAUGGAGGAGCAAAUGCUUUACUAAACCAGACCAGUGACACUGUUCCGGACAUCACCCUUCCAUACACGUACUCGAACGGGACUGCUGUGAAAUUGGGAAAUGAUGGACUGGGCUACCCUCCUUCUCUGUACCCAAAUCUGACUUACCAUGGCGGGCCGAGCGCCAACGACUCAGCAACUGCUUAUUCAUUCCCCGAUUAUAAACUUGGACUAGACUCGGCAAUGCUUCUUGGUCCAUUGAAAGUCAACAACUCCUUCUCUCUCCUGUCAUUGACCCUGCCUAUUGUCAACAACACUUCAGAUAUAGAAAUCUUGGGCUUCAUAACUAUUGUUGCUAGUGCCGCAAAUUUACAGAGUGUUGUUAGCUCGCGAGAUGGGCUAGCACAUACCGGCCAGAUUCUCCUCAUUGGACCCUCAAGACGAGCAAACACCUUCCUUUCUAGUGAGCAGCCUGCAACAGCCACAUCUAGCGCUCGUGUUGCCGGUCUUAGUGGAGCGCAUGUUCAUUACGUGUUCGAGCCUACCCCUUUGCCCACCCAAAUUAGCCGGCACAGUGGCAUGUCGACCGAUACGCCGUUUAUCCUUUCUACAUACCCGAUGGCUCUACAAACCUUGUUACAAUCAUACAUGAACGGAGGCAAAGCGAUGAGUGAUCUGUCAUCUCGAAACGAACGAGGGGCGAGUGUUGCUGUGGGUGCAGUUCGUCCGCAAAGCACCCUCGUUCAAUGGGUUCUUCUUGUAGAAGAGACUCACUCCGAGGCAUUUGCACCAGUUGCCAGAUUACGGAAGAUUAUUCUUGCAUGUGUUUUUGGCACAGCGGGCGCCAUAAUCCUCUUGGUCCCUAUCCUGACCCACUGGGCAGUUGCUCCUAUCCGAAGAUUGCGCGCAGCAGCCCAGAAAUCCGUCGAGCCCGAGAUUACACCACAUCGCCCCACCUCGGAGCCACAACAGAUUGGAUUCGAAGCCGACCAUGAACCGGGUGAUUUAGUUGAAAGAAUUGUGGAGCACAUGAAUGAGAAAAGCUCCCCUAGCACGUGGGCGAAACGCCUAAGGCGUCCCCUGGGGCGAUUCAACAGUUCCACAACUAUCGGCAAUACAAGAACUCACCGAGACUUCCAGAUACCGGGCAGAGUCAAAGAACGAAGACAUUGUGUCACGGAUGAGCUCACCGAGCUGACGAAAACUUACAACGAGAUGUCAGAUGAGCUCACUAUUCAGUAUAAUCGGCUGGAAGAGCGAGUGGCUGAGCGCACUAGAGAGCUUGAGAAGGCCAAAUUGGCCGCGGAAACCGCCAAUGAUAGCAAGACAUUGUUUAUCGCCAACAUCUCUCAUGAGCUCAAAACUCCCCUCAAUGGAAUCCUCGGCAUGUGUGCCGUGUGUAUGGGCGAGGAGGACCUGUCCCGGAUCAAAAAAUCACUUCAGGUGGUCUAUCAGUCGGGCGAUCUGCUUUUGCACCUCUUAAACGAUCUGCUUACAUUCAGUAAGAAUCAAGUUGACCAGGCUAUUCAGAUCGAGGAGAAGGAGUUCAAGUUGUCGGAUGUUCGAGCGCAACUGGCUAUCAUCUUCCAAAAUCAAGUUAAUGAGAAGCACAUUGACUUCAGCGUCAGCUUUGUUUCGAGUGGAAUGAUGGAGCCAAGAGGCAGUUCAUGUCGCGAAAACGGAUUGGAACGGACCCAUUCAGGGUUGGGUUUAACAAAGUCUGGCAGAAUGGCAGAUAUGGUCCUUUGGGGUGACCAACAUCGAAUCCUCCAGGUACUGAUCAACUUGGUCAGCAACAGUCUCAAAUUCACACCCGAGAACGGGAAAGUAGAAGUUCGCAUCCGCCUUGUGGAAGAGCCUUUGAGACUUGAAAUCAAUGGCCUGGCUCUGAAUGAGACGCUUCGACGCAACUCACGAAUCCGGUCCCAGACCGGCUCAAGUGUCAAUUCGUCGACCCGAGGCACUGCCGAUACGACCGAGGGUCAACCCAAAGGACAGCGAGUAUCACAGUCCGAUCUUCACCAGCUUAACUUCCAAUUUGAAGUUCAAGAUAACGGGCCAGGUAUUCCUCCUCAUCUCCACCGGCGUAUCUUUGAUCCUUUCGUUCAGGGUGACCUAGGAUUGAAUCGGAAAUACGGUGGAACUGGUUUGGGUCUCAGCAUCUGUGCUCAGUUAUCCCGCAUUAUGGGAGGUGACAUUCUGUUAGAUAGCGAAGAAGGAAAAGGGUCUCUUUUCACUCUGAGAAUCCCCUUGGGGUAUGUCAAAGAAGUGCCCCCAAGCACACAUGCUUCAAGCGUCCCAGGAUCGCGGACUCCAAGUGUCCUGUCCCUGGAAGACUUCUCCCACGCCGCGCGAACACCCUCAAACCAUGGAUCAGUGAGGAACGAACCCCUUGCGCCUGGAUUCGAGAAGUCAGAAAUUCAACCACGCUUAGUUGGAUUGAGUCAACCAUUCUUCACGCCGACAGUUCCAUCAUCUCCUGCAUCAGCACCCAGCAAUUUGUCAUCCAAUAAAAACUCAUCCGAUACGAAACGGAUCCGUGUAUUGGUUGCUGAAGAUAACACUGUCAACCAGGAAGUUGUCCGACGGAUGCUUGCGCUGGAGGAGGUCUAUGAUGUGACAAUUGUCAAAGACGGUCAAGAGGCAUAUGACACUGUCAAAUCAAAUAUGGAGAAGGGAGAUGUGUUUGAUCUAAUCUUCAUGGACAUCCAAAUGCCGAUCCUCGAUGGCCUCGAGAGCACCCGACUUAUACGACAGAUGGGCUAUUCUGCGCCCAUUGUCGCAUUAAGUGCCUUUGCAGAAGAAAGCAACAUCAAGGACUGCAUGGAUUGCGGAAUGGAUAUGUUCAUAAGUAAACCCAUUCGAAGACCUGCGUUGAAGCAAGUCCUCAGCAAAUUUUCCACCAUCAUUGAGGAAACUGAAGGCUCCUGA